AUGUCCUCCUUCAAGCAAGCCGACGGGACGCAGGAGUUCCCCGGAGCGCAGGAGUUCCGCGCGACGGUGGAAGAUGACGGACUCGACGCCGAUUACAGCAUGGUGGGCGACGGCGACUACCCAGAGGAACCCGAUUAUUAUGCCCUUCUGGGCCUCGCGCGCAAUCCACCCCCAACAGAAGCCGAGAUCCGCUCCGCCUACCGCAACUUGACCCUCAGCUUCCACCCCGACAAACAGCCGCCACAUCUCCGCCAUGCCGCCGAGAGUCAGUUUAGACAUAUCCAGGAGGCGUAUGAGACGCUCAUCGAUCAGAAGAAGCGCAUUGUAUAUGAUAUAUCUGGUGCAGCGGGUGUGCGGCAGGAAUGGGGCCAACUCGGCGCCAUGGGGAUUGGUGGGGAGGCGCAACGACAGGAUGUUGGUGUUAAGGCCAUGUCGCCGGAUCAGUUCCGGCGCUGGUUUUUGAAGACGAUGAAGAAACGGGAGCGGAAGGCCGUCGAGAGUCUGGUUUCCAGCAAGGGCGGUAUCACCCUGGGAAUUAAUGCGUCCACUAUGGUCUCAGUUGAUGAGGACGAAGAUGUGCAGUUCCAUAUACCUUCACCGAAAAUGACCACAUAUGGUGUUUCAUAUAAUUUCAAGACGCCGCUGUCAUUACCACAGCUUUGGGGCACAGAAGAGAAAGAAGCAGAAACCUCGGAUGCGGAAACUGAUUCAGAGGAAGAUGUGCAAGAAGAGGAAUCAGAGGAUAUGCAGUUGACUUUCAAUGCGGGUGUAACUGGAGGAUUGGCUCACCCGGUUAAGAAAAUUGCAGUUGAGUACGAGGAUGGGACAGAAGGAGAAGAAAAGUUCCAAAUGCCACCGAUCCUGGCAGCUCAGAAUUUCCAUUUUGGGGCCACUGUGACCCCUAAUUUCAAAAGCCUGGUGGGUACCAAGGGAAUCUGGGCCAGACAUCCUUUCUCGCUCCUCAGGGAUUCCCAAGUCACUUUUGAUGCUCUUCUUCUCCCUACCCCGACUUUGAAAGCAAACAUUGCUCGAGCCUUCCAGCCAAUCCCUGGCACCAAGCCGUUCCAGAUCAGCGCGACAAGUAUACAUAAGCGCUCAUUAGGGGAAACGCCGCCUUCUUUCGAGGUUCAAAUUUCGAGAGAAAUUGCCAAGAGGAAGAUCGGUGUUAUUACAUGGACCAGUGGCGUUGUUCACUGGCCUGGAUUUAUUCUCAACUCGUUCCCAUCAAUUGGAAUGGGAGUUCAGAGCGCCAUUGCAUCUGCUAAUGAGGCCAGUAACCUACAAAUUGGUCUCAUCUCGCUUCCCAAGCAGGGCCAAGCUGCAGUCGAUUUCGAUGAUGAUGAGGAGGAGAGUGGAGAAAUGGACGAAGACGUCCGCCAUCUUCUCAAGAAAAAACGCCAAAUCGACCAAUCUGCCGAGUCAUGGCAGACCUAUCUUCAGGCUACUCCUGCUGGAGCCGCUUUUGUCUUGAAUUAUUCUCGCAACCUCUUCUCCGGAAAACCUGCUGAUGACCCGGUCAAGACUGAGUGGAGCUCUGAGGGAUACUUCCCGAUGCCGACGAUGGACCAGGCUCGCGCUGUACGACUCGAGAUCUCAAGUGUUGUUGGGUUAGACAUGUCUCUCCAGUGGACCAUCAAGGGUGUUCGUCGGGUUGGCGAGUACACCCGUGUUGGCCUCGGUAUUGGCAUCGCAGAUAAGGGUAUCAUGAUGACAGUUUCAUGGAGUCGACUUGGCCAAAGCAUUAAUCUUCCGAUUAAUGUUUGCCCGGCUAAUGAGUCAACAAGCGGCGCUGCAGCGCUGACUGCUAUAUUCCCCUGGCUGGCCUACUGCGCGAUUGAAUUUGGCUAUAUUCGCCCGCGCGAUAGGAAACUCCGUCGGCAGGCGGCUGCUCGACGCCACCGUGAGCUUAAGAAGUUGAUCCCUAAGAAACGCGAAGAGAGUCUCCAGGCCAUCGAGCUCAUGACAGAUCAAGUGCAAAGGCGGCAAGCGCGAGAGGAAGCACAAGAAGGUCUGACCAUUUGGAAGGCAGAGUAUGGUUAUAUACCGCCAGCAAACAAGAAACCCAAAAAUGGGUUCACGGAGCCUCGGGUAAUUGAUGUCACUAUCCCUGUGGCUGCGCUAGUCAACCGGGGUCAGUUGGUGAUUCCCGGGAAAACCAUCAAGUUCCAAAUUUUGGGAUUCCAUGACCCUGCGCCAUUGCUGCCCAAACGAUUGAAGAUCUGGUAUAGAUUCCAGGGGCGCGAUCAUUUCGUCGAGGCAGGCGAUAAAGAGGAUAUCGCAUGCCCCAUGCGUACACACUUUAUAUCCGAUGAGUAA